UCUCAUUCUUUCUCCUCUGUGUGCUGCCGAGAAAGAAGCCUCUCUCAUAAUUUCACUAAGAUCACUUUUAGUCAAAUAAUUUCAGUUAUGAGUAAUGGACCCAACCAAAAUGGACCAAGUCUUGAACAGCAGAUGUCUGGGCUAGACUUGAAUGCAGGACAUAAAGGAAAUAGAGGAGCUCCGCAACGCUAUAUACCCCCUCAUUUAAGAGAAGCUGCCAGUGGAGGUUUUGGUGGUAACCAAGGUGGAUAUGUUGCUUAUCAAGGAGGGGUUUAUAGUGCAGCAGGAUAUUCAGAUGAUCUAGGAGGACGUGGCUAUGGCAAUUCUCCAGGAGGAGACUCCAUGGGUGGCUAUGGGGGACGUGGCGGUUACAACAGGUCCGGAUACAACCAAAACUACAGAGGCUACAAUUCAGGGGGUUAUAAUUCAGCAGGCGGCUAUGGCGGUCAAGAUUAUAAUAGCGGUGGAUAUCCAAGAGGUGGCUAUCAGCCGAGAGGCGGCUUCCAGAGCCGUGGCAGCUACACCCGCGGAGGCUACAAUGAUACAUCUUACCGGGGUGGAAGUUAUCAAAACCGAUAUAAUGGUCGCAACACUGAUGGCGAUUGGAGAGGACGAGACCCACCAAAAGCCGAAAAUUCGUUCUGGAGUGGCGAUCGCUAUGGUGAGGCCAACAGACAAGAAGACAGCUGGGGUGGACGCACUGAUCGUGACACAAUCACCAAAGAAGAUUGGACAAAACCCCUUCCCAGGAAUGAACGAGUUGAAAAGGAGUUGUUUGCUGGUGGAAACACUGGUAUAAACUUUGAAAAAUAUGACGACAUUCCUGUUGAAGCAACUGGACGUAAUAUACCAGAAAACAUAAAAGAGUUUACAGAGUGUAAACUAGGAGAGAUCAUUCAUUCUAACAUCAAACUUAGCAAGUAUGAACGCCCAACUCCAGUUCAAAAGUACGCCAUUCCCAUCAUCCUGGAAAACCGUGAUCUGAUGUCUUGUGCUCAAACAGGUUCUGGCAAGACUGCAGCAUUUUUGCUUCCAAUUUUGACACAGAUCUUUAAAGCUGGUCCAGGACAGUGCCCACAAAAAAACAGCACCAAUAAGCGCAAGAACUACCCUCUUGCUGUUAUUCUGGCACCUACUCGGGAGCUGGCUUGUCAGAUAUUUGAUGAGGCACGAAAGUUUUCUUACCGAAGUCACGUACGUCCAUGUGUUGUAUAUGGAGGAGCUGAUGUCGGAGCCCAGUUGCGAGAUAUGGAGCGUGGAUGCCAUCUACUAGUUGCAACACCAGGCCGUCUUGUUGACAUGAUGGAGAGAGGUCGAGUCAGUAUGGAGUACAUCAAGUACGAAACAUACAAACCUGAGCGCCUCUGCUUGGAUGGAGGAAAAUUGCUGUCAUGACAUUCCCUGUAUUGCGAACUGCUUUAUCUUCUAUGUAUUAUCUUUGAUUGUAUGUAUUAAUAUUAUGUUACUAAUUGUAAUUGACAGAUGCUGGCAAGGGAUUUCCUUGAUGACUACAUUUUCUUGGCUGUUGGCCGUGUAGGUAGUACCAGUUCCAACAUCACUCAAAAGAUUGUGUGGGUAGAAGAAGCUGACAAACGAUCCUUUUUGUUGGAUCUGCUGAAUGCAGCUGGUGGUGAUUCACUUACACUGGUGUUUGUUGAGACCAAGAAAGGUGCUGAUGCCCUCGAAGAUUUCUUGUAUAGUGAAAACUACCCAGCAACCAGUAUCCAUGGUGACAAGUCUCAGCGUGACCGAGAAGAAGCUUUGCGCACCUUCCGUACUGGACGCACACCAAUUUUGGUAGCAACAGCUGUUGCAGCCCGUGGUUUGGAUAUUAGCAACGUGAAACAUGUUGUGAACUUUGACUUGCCUACCGAUAGUGAGGAGUAUGUGCAUCGUAUUGGCCGUACUGGAAGAGUUGGGAAUCUAGGAUUGGCUACAUCCUUCUUCAAUGAGAAGAAUCGUAACAUUGCCCGUGAUCUGUGUGACCUGUGUAUCGAGGCAAAGCAGGAAGUCCCAUCUUGGCUGGAGUCCAUGGCAUAUGAGGCUAAGCACAGUGGCUCAAAGAGAGGACGAAACCGCUAUGGUGCCGGUGGAUUUGCAUCACGCGAUUACCGCCAACAACACCGAGGUGGCGGAAGAGGUGGCGGUGCUCAAACUGUCCAGUCCGCUCCAACGUUUGUUGCAGCACAACCUCCUCCGUUCGCUUUUGCUCACUAUGGCGGCCAUUACGGAGGAACUUACGGAGGAUCUUACAACCAACCUGCAGCCAGCUCUCAAGACUGGUGGGGCAACUAAGAAUUAUGCUUCUAUGCUGGUAUGUUAAUACAGUAACGUGUAGUAAGUCAUUGCUUAAUUAAGUCGAUGUUAAUUCGCAUGCUGGGAUUGCUUUAUCUGUUGGUUAUUGUAGGUCUCUUGUUUCACUUUCGUGGGGCAUCAAAUUUCUAUGAGGGUAUGUUAAGCAUGUGCUAUACAAAUUGAUAGUCCUUGCCCUCGGAUGAUGUGUUUUUAAUCCUCUUCAGUUCUUAGUUAAGCACCAAGUCUAUUGCAUAUAAUUAUUUGGAACUAUAUCAAAAGUGGCAUUCAUUACUGAACCUGUUAACCAACUUGCUGUUUUGUAAAACAUUAACAGAGCAGAAAUUUCAAAGUAAAUUAUUAAAGUAUUAGCGUGAUGUCUUGAGAAUUUUCAACAGGUAUGCCACUGUCAAGCACCUAUGAUUUUGGAUCUAUUCAAUUGAAUUAUCAAAGCUUUCAAGUUAUUUGGCGUAAUUAGAUUUGAAUUAAAGGUAAAUAGAGAAAUGUUUGUGGGGGGCGGUUGUUUCUGUAUUGUGCUAGUUUUAGUUAAAACUUACGUUGUUCCAUUGUCUUCCUUAUGAAGAGAACUCUCCAAACGUGAAUAUAUGGCUGGACAAAUAUGUAAGGUCAUUACAGUUAUGAACUUGUCAAGUGUUGCGCAUAUUUUAAUCGGUGAAACAUGGCAUAUUUAUCUCAGAUUAGGCGAUUGGAAUCUGUUGCCUAAGAAACUUAAUAAAUGUGUAAUGAUAUUGAUUAAGCAUUUACUAUAGCAGUGUGUGAGUGGUAUGUCCACAGACUAAUUGAAAGACGACUGUCAUAAGAAUUGUUUCUGUUUAUAUAUUGUAAGCCAGUUAUGGCAUUAGUAACAGAUUCUAAUGGUCCUUUCGACUUAGGAACAUACAGUACAACCUGGUAUUAUUUAGAAUUAAAGUGUAAUUAAUUAACAUAUUAUAUGUCAUUGUUUUACAAAUACUAUAGUUAUUAUUAUUAUGGAUGAUACUAUUGCUGUAAUAGUAUCGUGAUGCUUAAUACUGAGUGUUGCUGAGUGUUAACUCAGUAUCAGAAAGCUCUAGAUACAGUUCACUUCAUUUUAAAAGUAACAUUCCUCUUAUAUGUGAGUGAAUGUUAAUUCAUUUAAAUCCAUGUUUUUGUGUAUUUUUCACAUGUUUUUCUGAACAUUUUGUAAAGAUCAAUUUGUAGGUUAUACCUUUCUCUCCUGGGAUGUUGUGUGACUCAGAUUAUCUAGGUUGUAUCAUUGAUUAAAAAAAAAACAAAAUGCAAGUAAAGGCAGCCACCUUUGCUCAAAGUUUUUAAUGAAAUGUUAUAAGUUGAAUAAGGCUCACUUAAUGCUAAUAGAGGAACAGUUAUAAGUGUUGAUGGUGAGCUAUUUUUUUAUCUAUAUGCAAUAUCUGUGUGAUAUGGCAUUCAUUACCUGUUUUCACAUGUCUUUCUAAAUGUGCCUCCACAGUAAUGAUUUUUUAGUGAAUCUAAUGCACCAAAGAAAAGACAUGCUGGAAUUUCAUCGUCAUUAGUAAAAUGUACAUAACAUUUCUCCAGUUAAGUUUUGACUUUUGGUUAUUUAUUAAUGCCUUAUAUUUAUUCAUUCAAUAGGAAAUUAUCUUAAGAUUUUCUGACAGAAACUCAAAGUGCAAUGUAUCUUUCUUAUGUAUUUGAUAUUAAGAAAGAUCCAUUGUUGUCUAAUUGUGUGUGUACUGUAUUAAAGAAAAUGCAAAGGACAUGCAUUCAUUUGAUUGAAUUAUAUCUGUAAAUAAUAUGAAAGAUUUGCUUUGCAUAAUGUGUGCUACAGGCGAAUUUUGUAAAGCUUAGAAUCAAAGACAGCUGUAUUUUGUACAGGCUGUGUUUUUAUUAACGUAAAUCAUUCUGUUGGUUUCCCAACUUAAUGCCAGAUCAAUAAACGCUACAUUUUUGCAUUUACAUGGUUUAGGAUCUAUAGGUAGCCAGUAAAGUAGAUUAAAUUUGUAUUUUCUUAUUGCCUAGAUUAAUAAUAAUAGAACUAUGUUUAAUCUUGGGUGUGUUUUUUCAAAAGCUCAUUUAUAAGUAAACCAAUGGUGCAUAGGUGGCAACAAAGUUAUGUAAGUACAGUAAUCUAUAGAAAAGUUUAUCUGAUGCAAUGAUGAUUAUCCCAGGAGAGACUAAGAGUGAGAGAGAGAGAGUAACAAUCAGUAUUGUGUGACCUAUAAAUAGAAAAACAUGAGCAGCAAUGGGAGACACAAACCUGUUGUAUUCACAAUCAUUUGUGAAUAUAUUUUAUCUUUUUAUAUAUUAUUUUUUGCUGAUUGGUCAUAAUUUAGGUGUAUUGUAUACUGGUUAUAUUGGCAUUGUAGGAUACAGGGAUCACUUCCUGCAGAAUUGCAAUGAUGCCUCAACAGAUGCCUCAUCGCCUUGAUCUAUUUACAGACCUUUGCUACAUUGUACUAGAUAUUUCAGAUUAAUUCGCUAGUGCUAUCACGCAUUGGUGUAGUUUAUACCGUCGGUUGCAUUUAGGGAACCUAAAUGCAAGUACAUUUAAGAGUAUUAUCUUGCCAUUUCCAAAAGUUCCUAAACUUAUCACAUGUGGUAUUAAUGAGAUAAGUUAUAUUAAUCUUAUUAAAAAUUAAGAUAUAUGGCAUUGCAAAAUGGAAUAGGCAUGACUAGGUUGCAUACUAUAUUAAGUCAGCCAUAGUGCCAUUUGAUUUGUGACUGAUCAACUGAUGUCAUUUUGGAUGAAAGCAUCACACAUGGAUGUAAUAAUGAGACAAGUUACGGGUAGUCUUCCUUUAAGUAAUCUGAGAAACAAUAUUUGAGGGAUGCAAGUAUGUGUACUACUCUUGACCUGUUUAUUAAAAACAUUUAUCGUUUUACCGUCCACAGUAAGAAGGUAGUGGUUAAGUUGAUGCGAUAAUGGUUGUCAUAAAUGUAUGCCUAUUUAUUUUACUAUAUAAAUAAAUCCAUUGAUUAUUAGGGAAAGAUCGAGAAAUUUCUCCAGUAUAGAUUUUAAACGAGUUGUUGUGGCAUCAGUGUUCAUUUCUCUUCACUUUGAUGCGAUGAGGUAAGGAGAAUGUUUUGUGAAAAUGCUGCAUUAUUUGUAGCAUUUGCAAGUAGGGCUAUCAAGUUGGCUGAACCAGUGUAUGAUGCUAACUAGCCGUUACCUAACAACGGCUGUUCAUAUAGAUAUUUAAAUUCAUAUAAAAAUCAGCCUUUGUUAAUAUUCUAUGUUGAUAUAACAUUUUGUAUUCAUAUUAUUUAUGUGAAAAUCUGAACAAAAUAGGGAUUUUAAUUGUUCAUCAAUAUAAUAAUAUCCAAUAUAUUUCUGGCUGCAAAAAGCUGGUUUCAAUAGCAAUAGAAAUUUUAUUUUUUAGUUCCUUUUUGUUUUUUUUUAUCAAAAGGUGUUAUGACCAAAGAUAGGUAUAUGUGUCUCCCCAGAGUGUGGAUGCAACAAAAAAUUAUUAUCACAAAAGAAUCGCUUAAUUUGUUUUUGGAGAGUCUUGAUGGAGCAACCAAGUUUUUUUUUUAGUAUUUUGUCUGAUUUUGAACCCAAUUUACAUUCUCCACAUCAAGUUCAUUCCUUCGAUGUUUUUAGCAACUUAAGCCUCGGCUAACUGUAAUUUGGCUUUUGUUGUGUCUAUAGAAAUAUUUUCCUGUGUAAACUCAGAAGUAUCGUCUUCAACAAACUUAUAACAACAGUAAAUUUCAGUUUAUCUUAAGUGAAAAUAGUUGUGUUGCGUUAUAUGCAAAACACCAAUACAAUACUUAAUUCAAAAUUACUGUUGUUUUCAUGAUCACAAACAAUAUAUGUGUAUGUGGGGAAUUUUAUGCAAAGUGUUCUACAACAAGGGUUCUUUCUUUUCCCAAGUUAAUAAAAACAAAUGUUGCAACUAA